CUUCGCGGAAGUAUCAUGUCCGGAACGACCGGCGGGGGUGGGAGUGUGGCAGGGGGUGGCGGAGGUGGUGGUGGCGGCGGCAAGCGCAAGGAGAUCUACAAGUAUCUGGCGCCGUGGCCGCUGUACUCGAUGAACUGGUCCGUGCGGCCGGAUAAGAGGUUCCGGCUGGCGCUCGGGAGCUUCGUGGAGGAGUACAACAACAAGGUGCAGAUUAUCAGCUUGGAUGAGGACACGAGCGAGUUUAGUGCGAAGAGCACCUUCGACCACCCGUACCCGACGACCAAGAUCAUGUGGAUCCCGGACUCGAAGGGCGUCUUCCCGGACCUGCUGGCCACCAGCGGGGACUACCUGCGGGUGUGGCGCGCCGGCGAACCGGACACCCGGCUCGAGUGCGUGCUGAACAACAACAAAAACAGCGACUUUUGCGCGCCGCUGACCUCGUUCGACUGGAACGAGGUCGACCCGAACCUGGUGGGCACGUCGUCGAUCGACACGACCUGCACGAUUUGGGGCCUGGAGACGGGCCAGCCGCUGGGGCGGAUCAAUCUGGUGUCCGGCCACGUCAAGACGCAGCUGAUUGCGCACGACAAGGAGGUGUACGAUAUUGCGUUUAGCCGCGCUGGCGGAGGUCGGGACAUGUUCGCGUCGGUUGGGGCGGACGGGAGCGUCCGGAUGUUUGACCUGCGCCACCUGGAGCACUCGACGAUCAUUUACGAAGAUCCGGCACACACACCGCUGCUGCGGUUGGCCUGGAACAAGCAAGAUCCGAACUAUCUGGCGACUGUGGCGAUGGACUCGUGCGAGGUGAUCAUCCUGGACGUGCGCGUUCCGUGUACUCCGGUGGCACGGCUCAGCAAUCACCGGGCGUGCGUGAACGGGAUCGCCUGGGCGCCGCACAGUUCGUGCCACAUCUGCACCGCUGGGGACGACCACCAGGCGCUGAUUUGGGACAUUCAGCAGAUGCCGCGGCCGAUCGAGGAUCCGAUCCUGGCGUACACGGCCGCGGAAGGCGAGGUCAACCAGAUCCAGUGGGGCGCCACCCAGCCGGACUGGAUUGCCAUCUGCUACAAGACGGCGUGCGAGAUUCUGAGGGUUUAAGGGUUUUCUUUUCUCUCUCUUUUUCCUGCUCUUUUAUUAAUUGUACAUACAAAGACUGAUUUGGUUUGGUUUUGGUCCUUCCUCUUUCCUUCCUUAUUUCCUUUCCUGAUUGUGGUUCCGCAUCUUUUGUGCUUAAAGUUUUUUUUUAACAGUUGUCAAUCGAUGUUUAUUAUUUGUAUAUACAACACACACUUAAAUUAACACAACACUAAAACAUACAACUAAAUACGAUUAAUAUAUUAUGCAAUAUAUUGUGUGACUAAGUU